AUGUCUUCUUGUUUAGUGUUUGUUCAAAAACUGCAAGGAGCAUUAAGUGCUUUUAAGAAUGAAGAUGUUUCUACAAUAGUGCUUCGUACAUGGGAUACGAUUAAAGCCACAAGAGGUACCCGCGGAAAGCGUCUGCGCUUUACAUUUUGGUUUAUGUGUUGUGUUCUAUCGUUAGGGGUGUAUGGUGCUUUAAUGUCAUUAUAUCGGCGUGUUAUUCGAAUAACUAAACGGAAGAACGUUUUAAUCCGUACUAGAUCUCAGGUGCUACUUAAGGAUGGUGCCAGAGAAAUGUAUGUACCGUGCUAUGGUAGUAAUAAGAGUAAGAAAGUGAUAAUUAAACCCAUGAAUGCGGAUAGGUACGAGUACGACAAAUUUCUGUUUAAGUAUUUUGGAAGCGGUAGUGCCUCGAAGAUAUUUCAUUCGAAAUUUUUAAUGCAACUGAAUGUUAUUCUGAGGAUUUUAGUCCCUACUCUUACUGAUAAAAACUCUUUGCUUAUCGUUCUGCAGGUUGUUUUUCUUGUCAUGAGAACGACACUGUCGCUAGGCGUGGCGAAAUUAGAUGGACACAUUGUGAAGGACAUUAUCGCCGGUCGAAAAUCCAAGUUUAUGAUUGAUAUCGCAUGCUGGUUUUUGGUUGCAUUUCCUGCUUCUUAUACUAAUACUGCGAUCAAGUAUUUGCAGCGAAAAUUAAGUCUGAGAUUUAGGACUUACCUAACAAGGUACAUCCAUGACAUGUAUCUGGACAAGCGCUUGGUGUUUUAUAAGGUGAUGUUUGACGAAGAUGCCAUGAAAAACGUAAUUGCAAAUAUUGACAAUUCCAUUGCGAAUGAUUUGAACAAAUUCUGUGAUGCAGUCACAAGCUUAUUCGCUAAUAUUGCUAAGCCGGUGAUUGAUUUAGUGUUCUUUGCUUUCUACCUCCGCGACAACUUGGGAUCCUUGGCGGUGUCCGGUAUUUUCAUGAACUAUCUCUUGACAGCUUAUAUCCUGAGAAGAUAUACGCCUCCACUUGGCAAACUGGUUAGCAGCAGGUCAAGUGCAGAGGGUGACUAUUAUAAGUAUCACUUGAACAUGAUCAACAACAGUGAGGAAAUUGCAUUUUACCAGGGAACACAAGUGGAGAGAACAAAAGUAUUGACAAUAUAUGAGAAGUUGAUGAAGCAGAUGUUGUUAGUUUACCGUAAAAAGAUUUGUUAUAGUAUCAUCGAAGAUUACAUCUUGAAAUAUACAUGGUCAGCACUUGGAUAUUCGUAUGCUUCCAUACCAAUUGUGUUAAUGACUUUGGCAACAGGUGUUAACAACGAGGAAUUGAGUAUGAAAGAGUUCAUUGUCAAUAAGAGAUUAAUGUUGAACCUUGCUGACGCUGGAAGUAGAUUGAUGUACUCAAUUAAAGAUAUUUCACAGCUAACAGGAUACACAGGUCGCAUUUUUAGCCUUUUGACAGUACUACAUCGUGUUCACUCAUCCGAUUUCAAGUAUGGAAUAAUGGAAGUUCCUAGUGAUGAAGCGCGAGUCUCACCAGAGGUUUGUAAGAAAACUCCAAAGGAGAUACGUGGGACAGUGCAACGCAACUUCGACGGAAUCAGAUUGGAGAACAUCGACGUUGUUAUUCCAUCGCCUGCGGGGCUAAGUGGUAACAAGCUGAUCAGUAAACUGAAGUUUCAUAUUCCACAACUUACAGCUGCUGAAAUGACAAAGGCACUCUCUGACACUUCUGCCGUUCCAAGGUAUGGGACAAGCUUUAGGGCUAAGGGUAGUAGCUUGUUAAUUUUGGGUCCAAACAGUUGUGGUAAGACUUCGAUCCAAAGAAUUAUAGCUGAGAUCUGGCCCAUUUACAAUAAGACUGGAUUGAUCUCUAUUCCAGCAGAGCAGGACUUGAUGUGUAUCGCCCAAAGACCAUACUUUAUGCAAGGAGGAACAUUUAGAGAUCAAAUAAUAUACCCAAUGUCGGUAGAUACAUUUUAUGAAAAUGGUCAUAAGGACGAACAAAUAGUUGAAGUCCUAAGACAAGUCCGGCUCGAUUACUUGUUAAAACGUGGAAUUGGUUUGACCUAUCUCGACACUAUCGCAGAUUGGAAAGACAUAUUGAGCGGUGGUGAAAAACAGAGAAUGAAUUUUGCCCGGAUAAUGUUCCAUAGGCCUAAAUAUAUUGUCCUUGAUGAAGCAACGAAUGCAAUUAGUGCAGAUAUGGAGGAUUAUUUAUUCAACAUGUUGAAAACUUAUUCCUUCAACUUUAUUACUAUUUCACAAAGGCCGUCCUUGAUUAAAUACCAUGAUUAUCUGUUGGAAAUAACAUCCGGAAUGCAAUGGCAAUACCAUUCCUUAGGGUCAGACAAUGCUAUCAUUUCAAUUGAUGCUGAAAUCGAAUCUCUACGGUCCAAGCUCCAUCAAAUAAAUAACUGGGAGAAAGAGAGGAAUGAGUUGAUGCGCAGGUUGACUAGUAGUUAA